AUGCCGCCGCGGCCAGCGGCCGGCCGCGCGGCUAUGGCGGCUGAGGAAGAUCGCCCGCCGCUCGCUCUGUUUACUGCCGUCUACGACUACAUAGCGCAAGGGGAGGACGAGCUCUCGCUGCGCCGCGGGGAGAUCGUCGAAGUCCUGUCCAAGGAUGCGAACAUAUCCGGGGACGAGGGCUGGUGGACCGGUAAGAUCGGCGACCGCGUCGGCAUCUUUCCCGCGGUCUACGUCACCGAUGACGACCCACUCGCCGUCACGUCGGUGAUCGGGGACGUCGACCCGCCCCGCGUGUCCUUCUCCGAGCUGAAGCUGGAGGAGGUGAUCGGGGUGGGCGGCUUUGGGAAAGUGUACCGUGGCUACUGGAAUGACGAGGUCGUGGCGGUAAAGGCGGCGCGCCAGGACGCCAACGAAGACAUCGAAGUUAUAAAAGAAAGUGUGCUGCAGGAGGCGAAACUUUUUUGGAUGUUACAGCACGAAAAUAUAGUGUCUCUGAAGGGUGUGUGUUUAGAGGAGCCUAAUUUGUGUUUGGUGAUGGAGUACGCGCGGGGGGGUCCUUUGAACCGAGUGUUGUCGGGGCGCAAGAUACGACCGGGCAUCCUAGUGGACUGGGCUAUACAAGUGGCGCGUGGUAUGGCCUAUCUGCAUGUCGACGCUCCUAUUUCGCUCAUUCAUCGAGACCUGAAAAGCUCUAAUGUUCUACUCAGCGAAACUAUCUUACCCGAUGAUAGUCUGGAGGACAAGACACUCAAGAUAACAGAUUUCGGGCUCGCCCGGGAAGUUUACAAGACCACUAGAAUGUCUGCAGCUGGUACUUACGCCUGGAUGCCACCCGAGGUUAUAAAAAACUCAACAUUCUCUCACGCGUCCGACGUUUGGUCAUACGGUGUUCUCCUUUGGGAGUUGCUGACUGGCGAGACGCCGUACAAAGGGAUUGACGCUCUGGCGGUGGCGUACGGAGUCGCGGUCAACAAGCUGACCCUACCUAUACCGAGCACGUGUCCCGAAUCCUGGCGGGUGCUGAUGGAAGCAUGCUGGCGUUCAAAUCCCCGCGAGCGACCAUUAUUUCCCGAGAUUCUCGACCAACUGGAGAGAAUAAGGCAAUCGGAGUUCACGCGCGCGCCCCACGAAUCCUUCCACACAAUGCAAGACGGCUGGAGGCUGGAAAUCGAAGAAGUUCUGCGGGAUCUCAGAAGAAAGGAGAAAGAGCUAAGAUGUCGCGAAGAGGAACUAACUCGUGCCCAGUUGCAACAACGUCUAGUCGAACAGAAUCUCGCUCAGAAGGAGAGGGAGUUGGAGAUGAGAGAGAUCGAUCUCGCGGCAAGAGAACUGCACAUAUUGAUCGUGGCGAGCAACAUGUCUCACAGUCAGCCGCCACAGCCUAAUAAAAGAAAAGGCAAGUUCAGUAAGAUAAAGUUGCUCAAGAAGGACACAAUAUCCUCGCCUCUCGACUUCCGUCACACACUCACAGUGCGUCCCUCGGAGGACGAGUGCAGUGUGAAGCAGCUGGUCGCAGUCGCCACGGACACGCCGCCAGGUUCACCGGCCAUCAUGAGGGCGAUUGCGCUGCCGGCGGACGGCGUGAAAGGCAAGACAUGGGGCCCGUCCACCGGCCACCAGCGCGCGCGCGCGCACCUGCCGCUGCCAGCGCUGCGGCCGCGUGCGCACCGCCCCUCCACCUCCGCGCCGCACCUGCCGCCGCACGCGUCGCCCGCCAGGCACCCGCUGCCAGGUUGUUUUCCUUACACAGACUUCAGUCCCGACGACUGGGGGCCCGAGUAUCCCUUGAGCGCCUCGCGUUAUACCGUACCGAUGCCCACGCUUUAUAGCACUGAAGGCUACAAGUUCAAGAAGCCCAGUAUAAUCGAGCUAGUGCUGUACAAUCUAGCGGCCCUGCUGGGCGGUGUGGCGGCUGGGUACGACUUGCGCGUCUCUAAUGUGAGCCCACUGCAUCCCACGCUGCAACCGCAUCGCGCCGAGCUGGAGCCGGAGCUGGUGUACGAGGGCUACGCGUUCGCGCACAACACCUACCACGGGCCCGCCCGCCACCUGCGCGCGCCGCUCAACGCGCUCACCGGCGCCGCGUUGACGAGCCUCGCGGCCGAGGAAGUGAAGCCGCUGCGGUUCACGGACUCGCCGUCGUACGCGCACGCCUCCCUCCCGUCCCCCUCGCCCCACACGCCCCACGCCUCCCCCUCGUCGUACGCGCCCGCGUCCACGUCGGGCCGCGGCACGGCGCUGUCCUCGCAGGCCUCGCCGCGCCUCGCCGACCUCUACCUCGACUACCGCGAGCACUUCCCGCCCGAGCUGUGCUGCCGCGACGACCUGUCGCCCGACUCCGACGAAUUGUCGCAGCGCUACUGGGCGCCGCGCUGCUCGGGGCCGGAGCCGCGCCUGCGCUCCAGCCUCAAGAAGCACGGCCGGCCGUCGCCGCCGGCCGCGCCGGGCGCCGCCGCCAGCCCCGCGCCCAGCGACACGGACAGCAGCUACGCGUCGGCGCGCGACGCGUCGGGCUCGGCGCGCGUGCGCUUCAGCCCCGACGCGCGCUCGUAG